AUGCUGCAGGAGUUUGUAGAGAAGGUGGAACGUGGCGAUCUGGACGGUAUCCUCUCCCUGCAGAUCUCGGAAGCAGCACCAGGCCUAUCCCAGGAGCUGCGGGCCGUGGUGGGCGCCUGGCUGCCUCAGAUCCUGGUGCCCUGUAGGGCCGAGCUGUCGCCCGCGCAGAGGCGGAAGAUGUUGGAAGAGCUGGAGGAAGGCAACCAGCACCUGUCGCGCUUCGCCACCGCCUUGACCGACACGGCUGCGGCCAUGGCGCCCAAGCACGCAGUGCUGGCGGCGGUGGCCUCGCGCACGCAGCGCGAGGGGAGCAUGGCGCCGGACUGCCGGAUGUUGACCUCGGUGCUGCCCGAAGGACCUUGCAGCUUGAUCCUGAACGUUGGACUGAUGUGCCUUUGGAGUUUGUUACAAGCGGCAGAGCGUUUGGAGCACUUUGACACCUGGGCAUUCGAAGGUGUGCCCUUGGAGCAGACGCGCAGUUGGCGCUUUCGCCCUGAGAUGGGCCACAGCCCGUCCGAGACCUUGGUCUCGUUGCUGAUGCAACGGCAGGGCGCACAACGCAUGGCUGAGCUGGGCGUCUUCGAGGCCAACUUGUCCCUUGAACUCCUGCAGCAGCUGCCAUCGCUGCAGAUGCUGCUGGUGGAUCCCUACCACCUCCGUCUGCGCGGCCGCGCGGAGGACCAGCCGCAGGGCCGCAGCGAGGCGGCGCUGCAGCUGGCAGCGGAGAAGCUGCAGCACCUGCGGCCGCGCGCCACGCAUCUGUUGCAGGGAUCCAUUGAGGCGGCGCAAUGGGUGGAGAGGAGCUCCCUGGAUUGCGUCUACGUGGACGGGGAUCACAGCUACGAAGGCUGCGCUGGCGACCUGGAUGCCUGGUGGCCCACGCUGCGCAGCGGCGGCAUUAUGGCGGGGCACGACUACACCUUGAUCUGGCCCGGGGUGGUGCUAGCUGUGAACCGUUUCGCGGUGCAACAGCGAGUUGCGGUGCACUUCACGGCUGAGACCUGGUGGAUGGUGAAGCCCUGA